AUGUAUCAUACAAUUUCUAUACACAACAACGAUCCUAGUUAUGAAUGUCACUUUCUUUUACAGUUACCGAUGUCCAACGCCAAUGUGCAUUGAAAUUAAUUGGACAAUCACAUGAAAAUAUUGGAGCUUGUUUGGAUGAUGACCCGUUGUACAGCCGUGUGAAAGAUAACAUGACAAGUAGUUUACGAUGUCCAGAAACGGACGCCAACACGCGAAGAGGAGCCACAAAUGGACCGGCUGACAUAAGCUAUGGCAUUUCGCUUGAUGACGACCCCUUGUACAGCAGUGUCGUAGAAAAAAUAUCUACACAUGAAGACGAGAAGGGCGCAUGCGGCUAUACGGAACAAGUGUAA